AUGACCGACACCGGCAACAACGUCAUUAUUGGAGGUCUUGUGCUGCAAUUAAUCUGGUUCGCCAUUUUCGUCGUUGUCGCAGGCGUGUUCCAUUAUCGAAUGCGGUCGAUCCCAACGGCUCGCUCACAACAACCGGAGUGCCGCUGGCAAGUCUACCUUCAGACUUUAUACGUUUUGGCUGUCUUGAUAAUCAUUCGAAAUUUAUUCCGAGUGAUCGAGUACGUCGAAGGAAAUGGUGGGUAUCUGCUUUCGAGGGAGACCUUUAUCUACAUUUUUGACGCUCUCCCAAUGCUGGUCGUCGUAUUGUGGCUCCACUGGAGGCACCCAGGAGAAAUUGGCUUAUUGAUCCGUGGCGAGAAGGCGUUCAAGAAUGGAUUCCAACUAAUCGGUGUCGGGGGCCGGAGCUGA